AAUAAUCACACCACUCAUCAGUUAUCCAUUCCUUUCUUUUUACAUAAAUUUUGUCACUUUUUCUACAAACGAUUCUUCGCUUCUGUGAAAUUUGAUAAAGCGAAAGUUUUUUUCUUAUGGAUUCUCUUCGAUUCAACCUCCAACAAUCUCCAUUUCAAUUGAAACCUAGAAUUCUCCGACCAAGAAUCACCAACAUAUCAAACCGAAUCGAUGAAACCGAUCCUCGACCAUCAUCCUCGGCCGGUAGGAUCCAAAGGUUAGUACUUAACAACGAAGGUCGGACCAAACUAAACGCCGAUCCUGACCGUGAAUUCUAUUCAUAUCCACGGUUCGUGAACCACGUAGAUGAUAGUUUCAUAUCCUCCUUAACCGAACUAUACAGAAACCGGUUGAGACCCGGUUCGACUGUACUUGACUUGAUGAGCUCAUGGGUCAGCCAUCUUCCAGAAGAAGUGAAGUACGAGAAAGUAGUAGGGCAUGGUCUUAACGCACAGGAGCUUGCUCGUAACCCUAGACUCGAUUACUUCUUCGUCAAGGAUCUUAAUGAAGAUCAGAAGUUCGAGUUCGAAGACAAGUAUUUCGACGCUGUUUUGUGUUCUGUUGGUGUACAGUAUCUACAACAACCCGAAAAGGUGUUUGCAGAAGUGUAUAGAGUGUUGAAACCGGGAGGAGUGUUGAUAGUGAGUUUUAGCAACCGGAUGUUUUAUGAGAAAGCAAUUAGGGUUUGGCGUGAUGGAACCGAAUACAGUCGGAUCCAAUUGGUGGUUCAGUACUUUCAGUCUAUUGAAGGGUUUACUCAGCCGGAGAUCAUCCGGCAACAGCCUGGAGCUCAGAUAUCGGUUUUGACUCGGCUUAUGGGUUUUAUCGGUUUAGCUUCUACGCCCGAUCCUUUUAAUGCUGUCAUUGCUUAUAAAAAUUUCAAACCUAUUUAUGAGUAACACGCACAUAAAAAAAAGUGUAUAAGAAUUGGAUGGGAAGUUUUUGAAGAAAAGGAAAAAACCUCUCAACCAAGUCCAGCUGGAGAAACUUACAAUACAAAUUUUUAAAAAGUGGAGAAUGAAAUUACAGAUUUCAAUCAAAUUGGAAGAACCUGUAUUACACAAGAAAUAAUUGACAGAAAGAUUACACACUUUGGAAAAUAUAAUUAAUAUAUAGUUUUCAAUUAGCAUGCAUUGUAUGUGAUUCGUUUUGUUCGAAGAUUCAUGGACAAUAUCCAAGCAAGGUAGCCUUGUCCCUCUUCAAACGAGUAUCACGAGUUGCUUACUUUAUGGUUUAGAUUCUAUAAUAACAGUAUAUAUAUUAGAAGGAAGUCUUUUAUAUUAAAACAAAAAUCCAUUGUAUAUGUACACUAUCUAUGUUC